UCAGAAUAAGGAGGUCAGGUGAUUCAGGUGAAUGUAUUUUCAGAGCUCAGGUGCAUGCUCGUAGAGGAGACCAUGACCUUGGGUUUUAGCUGAGUGAGGAGCGUCUGAAUGAUCGCGGCGCGCCCCCGGCUGGCUGAGAAAAGGCGCAUCCUCCUCCUUUCACAUUUCAGUCACGCAGCUUUGCCCAGAUUUGAGAUGAGGCAUGGAGGAUGUGUUUUCUUUCAGUUGCAGAUCGCAUCAGUAAAGUAAAGAUACAAAAAAAAAAAAAAAAUCGCGCUUGGCAUCAACGCUUUUGCUUUGUCUGAUGUCUACAUUUUGGGAUUCAUUGUAGAGAAAUAACCUUCCGAGCGCGUUAUUUUUCGCCAUAAUCUGCAUUGCUUGCAUCCGACCGAGCGACUGCACCUCGUCGAGACGAGUAGCACACGAUACCCGACACAAAUCAACAAUUCCCUGCAGGACGGUUCAUGUUUUUAACACCCGUCCGUGCAAAAACAUAUAAAGAUAUAAGAAUUAUUCUGGCAGAAUUAGACGGCGCGAUUUGCAAUUGAGGUAACAACUGGCGAUACACUGCGAUGCGUAUCAUCCGACAGCAAUGAUGCUGCGGUACCGUAGCUGUACAAUAACCUAGAAAGGUGAUGGACGAUGUGCUGUCCGGCGGGUACACGACCCCUGCGCUCCUCCCGGUCCUGAAUGCAGCGGAGAGAGACACCUAACCGGGUGUCACCGUCAGCCCCGGAUGCUGCGCCGAAGAAUGGGAUACGCCGACCCAUCGUCGGGCAAAGAUAUACUCGGCAAUAGAUCUCUUUGCUUUAUAUUUAUUUGCGCAUUUGGACUUGUCACACUAUUGCAACAGAUUCUCUAUGGGAAAAACUACGUUAAGAGUGCGCAACAGUUUAGCCGACUCAAAGGGGACGAGACAGGAAAUUGGACCGGUCCCGUUAAUUUCUCGGAUGAUGGAUCUCAGCCUGCCAGAAAUGGAAGGAAAAGAUGUUUCCGUCAGAAUUUUCAGCCAGAUUCACAGAUCUCCGUAAUAGUCACACCCUGCCUAGCCGAUAUUAAGAAGAAAAAAAAAAGGUAUCUGGAAAACUACGAUGGCUCAUAUGAAUACAACUCCACUGCAUGCAGGGAGCUCAGACAGGAGAUUAUGGACGUCAAAGUCUUGACAAUGGUGAAAACCUCAGAGCUGUUUGAGAGAUGGAGAAACCUGCAGGUGUGUAGGUGGGCGCAGAGCAAGGACGACACCAGCAACUUCAAGAUGUCUCUGUCCCGCUGCUGUAACGCUCCUUCCUUUCUGUUCACCACCAAGAGGAACACUCCUGCAGGGACAAAGCUGAGGUACGAGGUGGACACCAGCGGUAUUCUUCCCAUCACCGCUGAAGUCUUCAAGAUGUUCCCAGAUGAUAUGCCGUAUUCCAAAUCUCAGUACAAGAAAUGUGCUGUGAUUGGAAAUGGCGGCAUCAUCAAGAACUCCAAAUGUGGAAAGGAAAUCGACUCGGCAGAUUUUGUAUUUAGAUGCAACAUACCACCCAUCAAUGAGAAGUACUCAGCUGAUGUUGGCACUAAGACAGAUCUGGUGACAAUAAACCCGAGCAUUAUUACUGAGAGAUUUCAGAAGCUGGAGAAAUGGCGGCGACCGUUUUACGAAGUCCUCCAGAAUUACGAGAACUCAUCAGUGGUGCUUCCAGCCUUCUACAACACCCGCAACACCGAUGUCUCCUUCAGAGUCAAGUACAUGCUGGAUGACUUUGACUCCCAAAGAGGCGUGUUCUUCUUCCACCCGCAGUACCUGCUAAACGUGCAGCGUUUCUGGGCGGUGCAGGGCAUCCGAGCCAAACGCGUCAGCAGCGGCCUGAUGCUCGUCACCGCCGCCUUAGAGAUGUGCGAGGAGGUCCACCUCUACGGUUUCUGGGCCUUUCCCAUGAACCCCUCUGGCAUCUUCAUCACUCACCAUUACUAUGACAACGUCAAGCCACGGCCGGGCUUUCACGCGAUGCCCCAUGAAAUAUUCAACUUCAUUCACAUGCAUACUCGUGGGAUCCUCAACGUACACACAGGGCCGUGCACGUGAUCCCUCACUCCUUUAAUGUUGACCUUUUUCAGUUUGUAUAUUUGACAUCAGGCUUCCCUGUUUGAAAAGAGAGCGUGCUCUGCUCUCACUUAGUCCACGACACAGUGAAGGUUGCUUGCUUAAAUUGUCCACAUUCUUCCCUUUUCGAUGUGUAUUAAGUUGUUUACUUAUCGCUCUGGUCACCCCCGACUCUCUGACCAUAGGACGCUUGUUUUUAAUGUGAAACGUGGUCUUCAUAGUGAUGUUGUUUCCGUGAAGUUUUCUAGUGGCUCCGCUGUACAGAGGUGUUGUUUUCUACUCAACGUUGCACAGAUAUUUACGCUGAAAUGGGCCGCAGUGGGUGUCUUUGUGCCCCCCCCCCCCCUCCCUUUACCCUGGACACUCUGUGGGUGUUGCAGCUUUGUGUGUUUGUGUAAAACAAAACCUGAACCUUGAUAUUAAGCUAACAUUUGAAAAGAAAAAGAUAAAAUUGUAACAUCCAAUUGUCUACUUUUGUAAUCUUUUUCCUAUUCACCAGAUUCACUCGGUGAAUAUUUUAAACACUCUUUAAAUGGCCGGUUUUCAGAGGCCUACUUUCUCCAAAUUAAAAAAACACCUGCCGACAUGAGAAGAGACGAGGAUGUGUCCCCCCCCCCUCUUUUCUUUAUUUUGGCUCGUCAUGGUUUUGGACAAAAGCCAGAUACAAAUUUUGAAAAGCCACCACCUGAGCAGAACCUUGUAAAGCAACAUGGAGCUCAAAGUGCUGUUUAGCGACCCAGCCUCUCGUUGUCAUUCAUGUCUUAAGCCACGCUGCCUUAUGAGAUAUAAAACCCCUCUUUAUGAUAUGCAAUGCACCCAUGUGUUUUGCUUAUCAACAAAUACAUUAACAUCAAAGUAAAAUCUUAGUUUUUCUCUUGAAUCAAAAGAACAUUUAGGACUCUCUAAGGUGUUGAAAUUCAUGUGCGGUUCUCAGCUUAUACUCUAUUGGAAUUAGCGAAGUCUUGCUCCCUGUAAACUCCAUUCAUAUUCAUGUAAUGCUCUGCAUGACUUUACUCUAUACUUGGCUUUGUGUGUGCCUGCUUCAAUGAUCACUGAAAUAUGUUUACACUUCAGCCUCCAGUGGAGCUCACAGUGCUUUUGGAGAUAUGUACACAAACCUUUUCACAGAAAGAUGAAUGCAUUCGUUGACUUGUAUAAUAGUUGAUUAUUAAAGAUGCACGAGUGAAGAUGGUUGCUGCCCUUUUGUGAAGUGCCACAACACUUUCAUGACUUCCGUAUUGUUUCAUCUUCCUCUUUUGAAAUGUGAACACUUUGCACUCGGAAGCCGUGUAGGUUUUUACUCUUUAUUUCUCUUGUAGACGGCAGAAGGUUUUAAGAGACUGUAAAAUAAUAUUUUGUCGUCACUCCUCUGUCCAUGCUCUGCUGACAUCAUUGCUAAUAAGAUUUAUGUUGUUUCUUUCAUCAUGUAUACGGACUUGUUGUGUGUUUUUAUGCACAAGAAAUAUGAGUUCAGUGAAUAUGUACACCAAAAAAUGCUUUGGCUUGACCACUAAGUUGUUGCACAGAACUAACUCAAGCAUG